AUGAACGAAUCAAACACUACUGAACAAUUGUAAGUUUUAUAUAGUGACUAUAUGAUGAAAAUCCUCACAAUUGGGGAUUCUGGGGUUGGAAAGACUUGCCUUAUUAUGCGAUAUACAGUAACAAAUAUAAAGGAAAACUCUUUCUCAAAUAAAUUUUUGAACACAAUCGGAGUUGAAUGUAAAAGCAAAACUAUAGUUCAAGGCAACAAAAAAGUGAGAAUGCAAUUAUGAGAUACAGCAGGCCAAGAAAGAUUUAGGACGAUCACGAAUAAUUACUAUAGAGGCGCACAUGCCAUUGCAAUUGUUUAUGACGUAACUGAUAGGAAAUCUUUUGAAAUGGUCAGCUCAUGGCUCGCAGAAAUUAGAAAAUCCAGAGGUUCUGAGGCCUAUAUCUUUAUUCUUGCAAAUAAAGUAGAUAUGACUGAAAAGAGGGUUAUUUCUGAACAAGAAGGCGCAGAAUGGGCAAAAAAUAGAGAUUUGUAUUGUUUUGAAGUUUCUGCUAAAGAAAAUUUAGGGGUUGAAGAAGCUUUUUCUUUUAUUUUUUCAAAAAUUUUUUCGAAAAUGCAAAACAGCCCUAAUUUUCUCGCCAGAAAUCAAGAAAAUUUGCAGUUGUCUCGCAUGGAGAAUAAAAAGUCAAAAUCAAAGAAAAAGUAA